AUGAUUCAGGCUAUGUCGACCUACACUAUGGGAGUAUAUAAAAUUCCUGCCGAGGUGACUGAUCAUAUUCAUGCUAUGAUGGCCAGAUUUUGGUGGGGUCAAGAUGAGGCGAAACGGAAGGGGAUAUGGGUUUUAGGGACUUUGAAAGUUUUUAACGAUGCUCUUCUCGGUCGGCAAUCUUGGAGACAUAUUAGUAAUCCAGACUCCCUUUUAAACAAGGUGUUGAGUGCUAAAUACUAUAAAGGGAAGAGCUUCCUUAAAACUAAUCUCGGAGUAGGGGGCAACUUCUCUUGGCGAAGUAUAUGGCCCUCCAAAGGCUUGCUCAAAGAAGGGAUAAUAUGGAGAAUAGGGAAUGGAUCUUCCGUUGACAUAUGGGAUGACCCUUGGGUGGACAAUGGUACUAGCAGAUUCAUCGCUUCCCCUGUGUCCGAUGAAGUUUCCCAUGUUAGUGACUUGAUUGACCAUAAUGCAAGAGAGUGA